GUAUGAAAGCGCUACCGUAGUGUACACAAUGCUAAUGGUACGGUAGUGGAAAUGACCGAAAAUUGACAGAACAGCUGUCAUUAAAAAGUUUUUACAUGUAACAUAUAGACUGAGGUAUGUUACACAGGGUGAAGGAGUAUGGGUAACCAGCAGAGUAUUGGGGGUAAUUUUUUACCCUCAAACUGUGUGCAAGGUCGAAGACGCAGCCUUUCAAACCAACAGGUUGGGAGGUACCGGUUGUUAAGUCUUGGUGACUCGGAAACAGGAAGUAUGUGCAGUAAUGCGGAUAGCACCGGCAACACAGAUGAUGAUGCUGGCUCUCUGAAUUCUGAAGAAGAAAGUGCUUAUGAAGAGUGGUUAAAUGAAUCAGCAGAGUUAGAAAACGCAAUAUUAAAUGACGAUACUGAGCGGCUUAAGAAAUUGUGUGAAGAAAAGAAAAUAGAUAUAAACAUUCAAUUGAAUGAGAAAGGAGAGACAGCCUUGAUUCUAGCUGUAAAAUUAAGCAAAAUUGAAAUGGUAAAGGUGUUACUACUUACUGCUGAAUGUGACAAAAACAGUUUAAAUGCUCAUAACUUCUCACCUCUCGAUGUAGCACUUGUAACAGCAUUUGACAACCGUCUCGAACCUCGCCAAACAAUUUGUUGGCAAAUCAUAGAGUGCCUUUUACAAAUUGGUGCCGAACCUAACAGUAAGGAUGCUAUGAUGUAUAUUAUCAGAACAGCAUUAAAAUUUUGUGACGAGGAAUUUAUCUAUCGUCUAAUUUUAUUGGGGAAAGAGUUCUCAGAGUCUACUAUUCUCCAUGAACUGGUGUUGCAAAAGUUACACCGCUACCAGCCAGUUUAUAUCGAGAGUUUGGACCCAUUCUUUAUAUGUGCAUCUGAGUACACGAUAAAACUGCUGAAAAUUGCCAAUGGCGUUAAACUUUGCGACAUUGUUAACUCGAUGAUAUAUUACUUAGAAUCUUACUGGCACUGUCGAACAAAUAAGGUCAACACAUUUCAGAAGCUCAUCCUAUAUGCCUCUGCUGCGGGCUGGGACUGGACAGAAACACAGAUGGUUUAUAUCAAUCGUGUUUGUCCAUUUAUUCUUGGUACUUGGUGCAAAAAUCAACGCAAAUAUCCAAUGUCCUUAAGUCACCUUGCACGGAAAUCAUUUCGAAAGAAUGUUCGAAGUUCGGUACCAAACAGUAUUUCAGGACUUUCGUAUCCAAUUCCUGUAGCUAUUAAAGACUACAUCAUGUUGAAAGAUGUAGAUGAACUUUUGCAAGAAGAAGAUUUGAAGUUACCAGAGGUGCAGUUAUAGUUCGUUCUUGAAAGGGGGUUUAUAUUUCGUUACAAGUGCAAUACAUUAUUGACGAUCUAUAAAUCAGUUGGGGUGCUAUAAAUGUCUGAUCUGAAGAAAGAUCUGUGUUGACAGUUAAUUAUUAGUUGUAUCAAAUAGUUCAUUACAUCAAUCUUCCUUAUUUAACCUUUACCCUGCUAAAUUUCUAAAAUGAACUGGUCCAUCUUUCAUUUGGGGCAGUACUGCUUGUUUAUCAAAGGGGUGUUCACUGAAAAGUUACUGACAGAACAGCGAACAGUGCAGACCAUGAUCAGCUUGCAUGGACGUGCAGGCUGAUCUUGGUCUGCACUGGUCGCAAAGGGAGAGUCACUUGCCACCAGCAGGUAAAAGGUUAAAUAACAAUAUGUGAUUACAUUUGGUGGGAUAGAACAUGUUCAUUUUGUUUUAACUUAGAUUUUUGACCCAGAGAGAGAAAUUAUAGAUAUUUCGUGUUACCAGAUGUUUCCGUAUUCAAACACAUUUUCUGUAUAACCUUACAAGAAAGCAACCUAUGUAUUAAUCCAGGGUUGGAAUGAAGCUGGAAUACUCAUAAAAUGCAGUUAUAUAAAAUGCCAGUGAUCUGCCCAAGCUCACAAAAUUUGCAAAUAAAAAACAUAAUUGAAAUGAUGACAAUUUUAAUUUCUUUAAUUUUUAGUUUUGAUCUGCAGUAAAAAUGAAUUCAUUGACGGAGUUUUACUCAGAAUGCAUUGAUAGAUGUUUUUACACAGUGUAGAGACAGGUUUGCAGAUUUUAAUCAUGCAGUGAUGUUUUAUCUGCACAAUUCAGUCAUUUAUUACAUAGCUGGUAUGCACAUGCAUGGUAUUUGAUGGAAAAGUCAUGUUUUGUACUGUGCAUGCAUGCCAGUAGUGAAAUGGAUGACUGAGUCAUGUUAAUACAUACAGAUGAUGCAGUUUCUUCAUAUGGGAGCCUUACUAUCUGGCAUUCUGUGUAAGCUGCAAGUUUAUUUGUUUAUUAUGUUCAACUAUGCAUCUGGAAAUGUUGGUGUGACUAUUGUAUUUCAGAGGUCUACACAUACCAGUCAUAUCCCUAACAAGACUUUUAGUAUAGUCAUAUUUGCCACAUUGAUAUGCAUUGCUGUCUCUAUGGCACAGGUCCUACACUAGCCAAAAUAUUUGUUUUCAUACAUUUAAAUAUAUGCAUAAUUCCAAGACCUUGCUGCAGAGAUUUGAAAAAGAACUGAACUAGAAAUAGCACAUGAGAAACUUUGUGUACAUUUUUUGUAAUUGUUUGAAUAUUUAUACUGUAUAUGUAUGCCAAGGAACAACAGAAAAAUGUCGGAGUUUUAUUCAUUAUUAAAAAAGAUUGCAAGUUGUUAGAUGCAUGUAAUAAAUGUGUUUGCUAAAUUUUAUCACAGAAUAAGAUUUAGGGAGUUGUUCUUAUAACUCAGGCCUGUAUUUGAGCCGUGCCAUGAGAAAACCAACAUAUUGCGUUUGCGACCAGCAUGGAUCCAGAGAAACCGUUAGCGAACAGCAUGGAUCCUGACCAGACUGCGCGAAUGCGCAGGCUCGUCUGUAUCCAUGCUGGUCGCAAAGCCACUAUGUUGGUUUUCUCAUGGCGUGGCUCAUUUUAUUAACUGAUAAAUAUACAGGCACACAUUCUUUCUUAAAUAAUAGGCUAUUUAAAACAGAUACGUUAUUAAUAUUAUGUUUCAACUCAAAAUAGGUAUAACAUGUUUCUUUACCCAAUAGUUUGUUUUUUAGCUACAUGUACAUGAAAACUUCAUUAUGAAGAUGGUAAAAAUUUAGUGCAACACAUGUUGUUUUUUCACUGGCUUUCUCUGCAGCCAAUGUUUCAUGACUGAACCAUGCUUCUGUAAAAAUUUAUCAUCAUUGAAAGAAUAUUAUAAGAAGAGUAUGAGUCUGCUUUUUUUUCAGGAAUUAAAUCCUCAGGGUUUGUCCAAUUUAAAAAUACAACUAAGAAAAGGAAUUUGAUUUUGAGCACAGCCUGUAAUAACAUGUUGUGGACUGUAUAUACUGUUUAUAAGAUUGAAAUGUAGCAUUGUUUUGUAGCAUCACGUUAUGUUUUGUGAAUAUGUUAUUUUUUCAUUCAUAGACUACAAGAAAAUGCAUAAUUUUAGUUCUAAAAAUACUGUUAAGUUUUGAAUUAUUAACUUUAUUUAAAGUACAUUUUGCCUUUUAGUUAUAAGUUUAAACAUAUUUCAUUGCAUAUUUUUACACACAAGUGCACCUCGGGUCCUCUACAAUAUUCAAAAUACACAAAAGGGUUUGGUAACAAGUUUGAGUAACAAUUAAUAAAUACCCACCCCUUAAGCUAUUGAAAUAUAUAGCAGUUUUCAUAACUGCAUCUAACUUUCAAAAAAAGUUUAAAGGAUGGAAGUUUCUCUGAAAAUGAUAUACAAGUGAUUUGAAAGUGACAUAAAAUAUAAGAAUUGUAUACCGGCAGUUCUUAUUUCAUAUUAAAGGGAAGUAAUCCUGGUUUUGUUUUUGUCUGGGUAUGUUAUAUAUUGUUCAGCAGUUUGUUCUGUGUUGAUUGUUACUUCCAUCAGUAUUAGAAUAUCAUAUGCCUUAAUCUGAGAAACAGUAUUUGCCCCUCUUAGCUUAAGCUCAUGUCUGGUAUACCAGUUGUAGUGUACAGUUAAGUCAUUGAUAUUCACUGGGUACUAAUAUCCAUUGGGUACUAAUAUUCACUUGGUACUAACAUUCUUAGGGUAUUAAUAUUCAUGGAUUUCAUGGUUGAGUCAAUCCACGCAAAAUUAAUUACAAGAAUAAGAAAGUAAAAUACCACUGAAAUUCAUGUCAAGAUAUUGAUAUUCUUGCCUACCAUGUGGGGAAAGACAAGGUUAUCUGGGUACGAGAUCACCUUAGGAAAAGAUAAGCUACAUGUGGGCAUAUUGACAUCAUAAUUUGACAUCUUAAUAUGACGUCACAGUUUAUGAGCAAUUUUUAAUUGAUAAUAUCUUUGAAAAUAUUGCAAUACUAUCAACGGUAGGCAAGAAAAAUUAUCUAACAUUGACCGCCUGAGUAAGGCAGGUGUUUUCCCAAUCCUUGUGACAGCGUAGAUGAAGAACCUCGCUAUAACACUAAGUUUUCCAUUCCACGCUGCCUCCUUUGGUUUGGGAUAACCCUGUCUUAUACAGGCAGUCAUAUAAGAUCCUUAUAUUCACAAAUUCAUAUCCCCAGGUAGUAGCUCUUGAGAGCAAAAACACAAAAUUUUGUGCUCAUGAAACGAAAUGAUUUGACAGUAUUGUAAUUUAUCACGGCUACCUUUUGACAUUGUUUAGUGAAAUUCAGCAAAAUGUUGCCCACAUUGUUAAGUUAUGUUUUGCUUGAUUCUGUUCUUUUUUGUUGUUGAAAAUGGUAUUUUCAGAGUCAGGUUUUGAUCUUUUGUUUGAAUAAGU